AUAUACAGGCAGAAUCUUUCUACUCUAGCAGAAUCUAAACCCUCUCCUCCGACGAAGAAAGUCUUUUCGAUUCUUACUUACAACCGAAACUAUGUUGCCUGCAACUUUUAAGCUUUGUGCAGGAAUCUCUUACGGACACAUGCGGAACACGACGGGACUAAGGAAAACGGCGAUUGUCGCUUUGAGCCACGAAAUGAAGAGAAUAGCAGGUCCUGGUCCCAAUCGCUGGAUCAGUCAGGUCCGCAGGAGGAGUUCUCUGAGUAGCAGCAGGAUUGAGGAGAUGCCUUACAGUGAAGCAGAGAUGUCCUAUGUAAAGCAAGGAGAGGAGGCUCUCCAGAAGUCUAUUAGGAUUCUCAGUGACCAGGAUGGCUGGAAGACUGAGAUUGUGGCGGAGAAUGGUGACAAAGUGCUGAGCAAGAUGCUCCCAGAUGUUGGCAAAGUGUUCAAACUGGAGGUGAUGUUGGACCAGCAGCCCGAUGAUCUGUAUGGAGAGCUGGUUGGCAACAUGGAACAAAUGGGCAACUGGAACCCCAAUGUGAAGCAAGUUAAGAUCCUUCAGAAGAUUGGUCAGGACACCUUAGUGACUCAUGAGAUGGCGGCAGAGACGCCUGGCAAUGUGGUGGGGCCCCGGGACUUCGUGAGUGUGCGCUGUGCCAAGCGGCGUGGCUCCACGUGCUUCCUGGCAGGAAUGUCCACAAGCCAUCUGGGGAUGCCUGAGCAAAAAGGCUUCGUCAGGGCGGAGAACGGGCCCACAUGCAUUGUCAUGCGACCCAGCACCGAGGACCCUAACAAAACUAAGUUUACCUGGCUGCUCAGCAUAGAUUUGAAGGGUUGGAUCCCGAAAGCCAUUGUCAACCAAGUGCUUUCCCAGACUCAGCUGGACUUUGCCCAUCACCUGAGACAGCGGAUGGCUGCCAGCACUAUGGAGGCUGCCCUAGCCUGCUGACACCCCUAGGCACCGCCUGUCCUACCCCACCCACACCAAUCACACCACUGAUAAGAGGAGGGGACUCGCAUCCAAAAGGGACCUUUCCCACACUUAGAAAACAGAAUUCUGCUUCUUCAAACUUAGGCAUCACAGGAAAGCUGAUCACAUUAGCAUUGCUUGCAGACAUUUGCUGCUACUUACCCCAGAACAAUAUCAGUAUGAUCCGUUGUCUAUGCGUGACUGGGAGACAUAUAAGCUGUUACAGCUUUUCUGAAUUGCUAAAACACUAAACCUCAUUCUUGGAACAAAACUGCCAAUUACCAAAACUAAUUUAUUGAAUCAGUUAUCCGUUUGGCAAAACUUUAUAGACAGUACUCACCUAGUUAGACACAAUUUGAAAAUCUAAGUCACCUUUUUGCAAAACUCUAAACAUUCAUCAAAACACAUUUCGCACCAUGGCGAACUCUGAUGCAAAAUAGAUAAUACAGUCUGCAAAAGCCAGCACACAGUAAUCAUCAUUUAAACACAAUGACUCACAACUAUUCACACAUUUCUAAACAUGUGUAGAAGCCAAAGAGUGACUAGAACAUAGAAUACGUCCCAGCUGAGAGUGCAGGUAUAAUAGGAGCUGAAUUUCGACAUCAAGGUACACAUGGG